AUGUUUUUAUCACAAAUGGAUUAUCCUAGAGAAGCUGCAAUACAAGAUCAUUCACUGGAUAGCAGAAGACCUGAAGAUGAUGUUUUUAUUUCUCAAUAUGCUACUGGCCAGAAAGAGGCUUUGAGAGCGGUAUUAAAGCAAAAAACUCAAAAUACUCCUGUACGUAAGGAGGUGAAGGUACAGUUCUUAGGAAAUACCUCCACAAGAAAAAAGGAAAGUGUUGGUCAUGACACCAGGUCAGCACAUGGGGAAGUUGAUUCUGCAACAACCAUCGCAGCAGCAACUGCUGCUGCAAUUGCCACUACAGCUCCGCUUCUUAAAGUUCAAAAUGAUUUGGAAACAAAAGUUAGCUCAGUUUCAACAUUACUUCAUAAACUACAGGUGACAGACAGACAAAUGCAGCGUGUUGCUGAGCAGCAAACGAAUAUGAAGACUCAACAUGAGAAGCCCCAUUGUCAUGAAAGAGUCAGUGAGCUUGAAAAACAAAUGAAUGCUUUCAUGAUGCAACGGAUUCAGCAUUUGGAGAAGUUACAGGAGCAACAAAUGAAUAUUCAGUCUCAUCUCAUUAGCUCUGCAGUCAACACGAGUGGCUUACAGCAAAUUCACAUACCUUCCUUCAGUCUCAUGACAAAACAAUCAGAACAGGGAUUGCUGACUAAUGAAGUAUCUUCAUGUCCGAGGGGUUUGUUUCCUACCAGUGGUGCACCUGCCCAAGCAUAUUUAAGCCAAUUUCAAAGUCAUGGGAUUCAUAGACAAAAAUCUCCUCUAGAGACACCAGUUCCUCGGAGGUGUGCUCCAGAACCUGUAUCAAAAAAUAUGAAGAUCCCGAAGAAAGAAAACUCUGUAACAGAAAAGGAAAAUAUUCCCAAAUCUACAGGUGCAGGUGAAGGGAGACUUCUUGAGCAUAUUCUGAAUUCUCAAGAAAUGCCACCAAGGCAAAUAGAGCCUUCCCAGAAGGCAGCAUUAAACAGUAAUAAAAUGAGCUGCCAUUCUGAGAGAGACAGGCAUACUGCUUUGCGUACGGACUCAUUCCCCGCUUUUGAAAGCUCCUUCCAAAAUCACAGUUCAAUUGAGAAAACGGUGAAAAAAGCAGAUGAUUUACUUCAAGAUCUUGCCCAGCUGAGAAGGGAGAUGCGUGACAUGCUGCAGGAAGCGAAUUCAUGGAAAUCAGGCAUGAACGACCUUAUUAAGUCAAAAAACACUACAGUUGCAUCUGAUCUUCAAACACAUCAUCAGCUCAAUAAACCAUCCAUCCUUCAAAAUGUUAAAGUGCCAAAAUCUAUACUGAGGGAUGCUGAAAGGAUUUUGAGAGGAGUUCAGAACAAUAAAAAAGUUCUCGAAGAAAAUUUAGAAGCUGUUAUUCACGCAAAAGAUGGGGAUGCCAUGUAUUCUUUUAUUAACACCUUGACCACGAACAGAGAUGUAUUGGAACAGAUUCGUAUCAGAAAGACUGUGGAUGAGUGGAUUAAGGCAAUCAGUGCAGAAAUCCAGGCUGAAAUGGCAAGAAACGAUUCAGAACAAGUGAAAUAUGAUCAAAAGGUCCCAUGGAUCAAGAGAGCCCAAAACAUCAAGGCUAUGAAGACCAACAAAGAAAUUAAAGCAAAAAGUCAAAAAAUCCAAGGAUACUUGCCAAAGAAGCCUUUAUCUGCAGCUAAGCCAUUGCAGAAGCAAGCAGAAAAUAACACAAGCCAACAGAGGUUUAGAACUUACUUUUCUUCUGAAAGUUUGCAGAGGAAAGAAAAAAGAGCAGAUGGACCUGUGAGUGCAAGUGCAGUGGUACACAACGAAGACUAUCUGUGCCAAGUUUAUGGGAAACCAAUUUACCAGGGCCAUCGUAGCACACUUAAAAAAGCACCGUAUCUGAGAUUCAACUCUCCAUCUCCCAAAUCUAAACUUCAAAGACCCAAGGUGAUAGAGUGUGUUAGAGGUACAAAGGUAAAGUCAGCAAGAACACAAACUUCUCACCCACAGAAGGUGGUAAUCAGCCCUAAGAAACAGCAUCCUUUAUAUGCACUCACCCAAGAAAAUCAGUAUCUCUUUAGUCCAAGUGGAGAUGUAGCUGCCGUCUCUGGGCCGCUUGAAGGUCACCUAGUUCCUAUGGCUAUUCCGCUAGGUCAGACCCGAAUUGUCGACAUCUCGCAGCAGCCUGCUGGAGUAGUUAUAGGUAAACCACACCCUGUUACAGUUACAACCUCUGUUCCUCAAGUGCCACCAAAACUACCGGAUGAGAUAAAAAAACCAAACGUCGCUGUAAUAGAGAUGAGAUCGGAGAAAAAGGAUCCACCUCAGCUGUCUGUGCAGGUGUUGCCAAAUGUAGAUAUUGACAGUAUUUCGAGUGACAGUGUGAGUGUAAACGAUGUUCUUCCAGGCUCCGAACCUGCACUUCCUCCCGUCAAUGCUGUAAUACAGACUCCAGAAGAUACACAUAAUGAAGAGGAAGACACACAGUUUCCAGGAACUAAUUUAAUUGAUGUUACUGAUGUCAUGCAGGAACAGGAAGAGGAGAAGGAUGAAGUUCCAGAAUUCUUUGAACCUCUUCUGGAGCUUAAUGGACAGUUGAGAGUUGCCUCACCAAAAUACAAUGGGCCUUUGUUUCCUCCAGUGGCUUCUGCUCCUCAGCAGUCUUCUGAUGUUUUGGAUGAGCUGAUUCAAAGGAGAGAAACUAUAGAGAACAGGUUGAUAAACUGGGUGGAACAAGAAAUAAUGGCAAAAGUUGUCAGUGGGAUGUACCCAGUACAGGAGGAAACAGUGCCCAGUGUUAGCAUCUCCGAGAGUGAAGACAGUGAGACUGUAACCUCUGAUAUUGUUGAAGUUGCAGGUGGUGGAGGAUUUCAGCUCUUUAUCAAUGCUGGUGUGCCUGUGGACUCAGAAAUGAUAAGUCAUUUCGUAAAUGAAGCUCUCAGUGAGACAAUUGCAACCAUGCUGGGUAACAGGCAGGCUCAGAAAGCAGUUCCUGCUACAAAUGUUCUUCCAAGUGCAACAGUUAUGACGGAGUCUCUUGUGCCUACUCCAUUGCCAACACCCCAGGCCACACCACCACAAACACCGCCUUCAGAAAAAGAAUUGCCUCCAGUCAAAACUCCAGAGUCUUCUCCAUCUCUUGCAGAAAUGAAUGGGGAUGUUCACAAAUGUGAAAAAAAUAAAAAAACAGGAGUUGAGAUUCCAGCUGCCAGGAGUUGUGUUGGCACACCUGUGGUUACCCCUGUCAAUACACCUAGAGCAACCACACCAAGCCCUCCUGCCUCAGAAAGGGUCUCUGAAGCUGCAGAAAUGGAAAGUCCAAAGCUUCCAAACCCAUGGGACGGUGCAGAACUUCCUCUGGAAGAAGAGAAGCCCAGUCCUGUAACUGCAGAGCCAUUCCAUCUCAAGGCUGUUGAGAUGUCAGUGGCUAAUGAUGAGGAACCAGAGGCCUUGAUUUUACCAUCUCGGCAGUCGUCAGCGAGGCCUAUCGAAUCGCUUCCUUGCGAUCCGCAGGUUCCAUCGCCUGUGCCUACAGUUAGUUCUAGCCAGUCCACUCAGGAAAGCAGCCUUACCCCCACAGAAACAGAAACUGCAGAGAGACCCAUCUCAGAAGGGGAGGUACUCUUCAGCUAUGGACAGAUGCUGGUUGCAGGAGCCUUAGCAGAAGGAGGACUGUCUCUUCCAAACCUCACCGAGAGCUUAACCAGUACUUUAAGAGAUGCCAAUGAAAUGGAUUAUGAUCCUCCCAGUGAAGGACAAGUGGUGAGAAGACUGGAUAAAGGCUAUCACAGGGAUCCUGUCCUGACUCUUUUAGACAAAUUAAAUCAAGCACCUGUUGCUGCACAAGAAGGAGCGUACCAUUUGGAGGAUUCUGAUGGUAGUUCUGGGCAGCUCAGUGAAGGUCAAAGACCAAGGCUGACCAGAGCAGCGGAGAGAAUCCUAAUGGGACAUUCAGUUUAUAUGGACCACCCAACUGCUCGGAUUUCUGAAAACAGACCACACCAGGGGUUCCGUUCCCUAUCGCCAGGGCAGCUUGCCCAAACUGGAGCAGAAAUUCUUGGAGAUGCAGAUACAAGUUGUGGUCCAAUGCUUAUGGCCGAACUGGAACCGCAACCAAAUCCUGUUCUGCAAGCAGCCCAACCAAGCUGCAGAGUGACGUCUCUCUCAGACGAUCUGUCCCAGGAGGAAGACCGAGGAGCUGCACAAGUUGAGACUGUGAGACCCCGAGUUACUCAUGUCAGAAGGAAGUCCGAAGAGACGCAACAAGAAG